AUGGGAUUAACACUGCAAGUCGACACUAAUGAUGACAAUGUCAGCCGCGAGGAGAACGAUUGGCUGCAAUAUCAACAACAAGCCGAUUCUGACAGUGACUCGGACGAUUCUUUCUUUAAUAGGAAAUCAGAUAACCCAUUCAUCCGAGCUGGUACUGUCGCCGUUAACUUGGCGAAAAAAUGCGACACGUUCUUCGCCAAGAUAGGGGUGCGAAAAGCUGAAAUACACCGUGACCCCAAGACUGGGAAUUGCAUGACCUGUGGAGGUAUGGACGAGGGGUUUUUCUCUCUUGUCACGGAUAUCGAAAAGAGGGCCGCAGCUGGGUGUCUGUCUUGCAGCAUCAUCUGCGCUGGUGUACGAGCAUGUCUACCAAGGCACAUUGCCAUUAGCUCAAGAGUCUCUGUGAUGGAGACCUGGAACUCAGGAUGUGCUGGACGCCAGUUCAUCCGAACGAAAAGAAGAUCAGCGACGAUGAAAGGGGCCUACGGUGUCAUCGUUGCCAGGAGCGACCAUUUGGAUCUUAGCAAGAUCUUUGUCCCCUGGACUCAGUUACGAGAGCAAGUUCUUGCCGAACUUAACUUCUUCGGUACUCAAGAAGAACCUGCAUCGUGGGACUCCAUCGGCCUCGCUUACCACAUCUCCGGAGACACAUCUUCCGAUGCAGCUUUUCGAUGGUUUCAAGCUCGCCUACAGCACUGCAUUUCAGAGCACUCAUUCUGUAGGACAACAGAUAGUGACAGGCGAAUGCCAACCCGCGUUCUGGACAUAGGGCCUUUCGACGAUCACGUCGAGGGUUCGCAUGAGACAACUGAUUGCGACAUUCGACUUCACGAGACCCAAGGGAUUUGCGAUAGAUAUGUCUGCUUAAGCUACUGUUGGGGAGGCACCAUAGAUAUCCGCUUGACCAAAGAUCGAUAUCAUUCCUACAUGCACCGGAUCACUUGGUCAUCUUUGCCCGAAGGGUAUCGCGACGCUGUAAGACUGACUCGCAAGCUGGGAAUCCGCUACAUCUGGAUUGACUCGCUCUGUAUCAUCCAGGACGACAAGGACGAUUGGAGAGCAGAGGCAGCUCAUAUGGCAUCAGUCUUUCAAGGCGCCCACGUCACGAUUUCGGGAACGAAAUCCUCGAACCCUCACCAGAGCUACUUCGCCCAUAGCGAUAGCAAGUACAAAGCAAAGAGGGUAGAGCAUCGCGAUGACAAGGGGAAGACAUGGCACGCAAACGUGCGACACACCGUUCCGCACUUCUUCUCAUCCGACGCAUCUGGUGAACCAAACUACAGCCCAGGUGACUUCCCUUUGCUGAACCGUGGCUGGGUAUUCCAGGAGCGUCUACUGUCUCCCCGAAUCCUACACCUUGGAGAUGUAGAGAUGGCUUGGGAGUGUAACGAGGUCUGCGCCUGCGAGUGUAUGGGAGAGACCACGAUAUACGACACCGAACCAAGAUGGGCGCAUACCAAGGGUGCUCACGUACGAAACUUGUCAUCUGCGACUGAGGCCAAGGAGCUGUACCCAGAUUGGCGCAGUACGGUGCAGAAUUACAAAAGAACGAGGCUCACUUAUCAAGAUGACAUCCUCCCAGCCAUUGCAGGCGUGGUAAAAAAUAUGCAGAGGUAUAGAAAAGACAGGUACCUGGCCGGGGUCUGGGAAGACAGCUUGCUUGACGAUCUCGCCUGGCAGGCUACCCAAAGUGUUCUCCCUCGACUGGACGCUUGGACAGCUCCGACGUGGUCAUGGGCAUCUGUGACAUCAAGAAUCCACUAUUCCAACCUACGUACGACAUUGGCAUCCAAGUUCAUGGAAGAGGCGAAUGCGAAAAUGCAAAGAACAGUGGUCAUCGAAGCUUCAACGGAGUCUGCGGGAGCAGAUCCAACAAUGGAGAUUAUCUCGGGCCACAUAACUUUAUCCGGGCCAAUGAUCACAGCACGCCUAGAGAAUGAUGAAGAAGGGGAAAUCGACGCUCCUAUACCGACCUAUUUCGCUCUACACGGCAGCACGUUACUGGAAAUAGCCCCUGACUACAAUUUCUGGGCGCCUGGUAAAGAUUAUGUGCCGCUUGGCAGCACCAUUUAUCUUUUACACUUGUGCAGAGAGCCCGAACUUCGGAACAAGAACGGCAUAGGCACUAAGAAAAUGCCGACCAAAGCUUUUUCUCUCGUGCUUCGAAAGGUGGAUGACGAUGGAGACACUUUCACCGUCAGCGGUCACAGCAAGAAAGGAAACACCAAGGGCGAUCGUUCUUCAGUACAUUCAGACCACGGGACGUAUGAAAGAAUCGGGAUACUGAUACUGGCCUGCGAUGACGAUAGGACAGAGGAUUAUGUAGUCGAAAAUGGUAGAGAUAGCGUGGUGAAGUUGAUUUGA